AAUAAGUCAACCCUCCUAAAGCGAAUCACUGAGGCUCUCUGCUUGCGUAAAACCGCAGUUUGGCUCAGACCUCGUGUAAAUAACCGGCCCAAACAGUCCAGCGAGUACAAAUGGAAAUAGACAAUGCUUACACAAUGGUUAUUCGCGGAUGAUAUUGGACCAAGAAUGCAUGAACUAUGCCAUCACAACUGCUGCCAGAGCACUUUGAACAAGACAUACAAGAUAACGUGACCGAAAACAUUUUUUUAAAGUUGUAUCAACCAAAGCUGUGGUUUGCCUUCAAAGGAGUUUUAAGCUUUUAUAAUGCAUUCCAUUUUACAUUUGAAUGUUUACAAGAGAGCGAUUAGUAAAGGUUCAGUGAUCCAAAGAAAGAUGCGGAAUUGAUUGAGGCCCUUGAGGGCUUAUUAAACAAGCUUGACUGCCCCUCAUGCGUUAGUUUACUUAGUAGUCUCUAUCACUAGGAAACAACUACAGUAUUUACCUUAAAUGACGUGACAACAACAACAAAAAAGAGGGUGUUUAUUCCCCUAUGUUUUUGGAUCUUUACAGGGAAAAGGAACGCAAUUUGAAACCAAUAUCUGCAGUGUGGAAACGUUACAACAAAGUAUUUGUAAAGAUGGGGAUUAUUCCUUCAAAAAGAAAGAAGAACAAGGUAAUUGGAACUAUCAAGAGGCCAGCGAUUGAAAUAAGCGAAGAACCAGAGCCAUGGAAGAAUGUGGGAUUCAGAAUAUUCAAGGAAUCGAUGGGAGAGGAAUUGUUUGAGAAAAGGAUGGCAGAGGCAGACCAGCCUCCACCAGAGGCUGGACCAUUCAGUGCGUCACAGUUGGCACUUUAUGUUAAAAAGUAUGAAGCCAGCUUUGUUCUCAAGUCGCUCAUAACACAGCAAACACGAGCUGUGGGGGCCACCGGAGUUGUAACAGUCCUCAACAAUCCGCUCCUCCCUUCCCACGAUUUUUUUUCUGCAGAAAGGGUGUUUCCAGUUCGUCUCCGUCACUGUAAUCUCGUCAAGAUGGACGAUGCCGAAUUGGACAUCAGAUUAACCGCUCUCAAGUUUUCCGACAGUGACUUCGAAUCACCUUUUGAUCUGUUGUUGCAUACUGGUGAAGAGGCUGCAUUUUGGAGUCUCCACAGCUUAGACAAGAUGCUGAGUGCGUUGAAUGGAGACAUAAAAGCAUUUGAGACAUAUUGUCUUGAGGAUCCUUGGCACUUCUAUUUGACCAUUGCUGCAUUUCGUCGAGCUCCUGAAUCGUUUACUGACCAGCGGUAUUACUCGUGGAUGGCAUUUGAAUACAAAGCGAAAGAUGGUGUGCCACGUUACGCUAAAUUUCGCCUCGUCCCUGCUGAUGAUAGAAAUGAAACUGGACUUAUGACAGAGGAAGAGCAAAGAAAACCUUGGGAAACAUUCCGUUGGGAGGGCGAUAAGAGACCUAAAGAUUAUCUAACUGCUGAAUUUGAAGAGCGCAUGUCAGACGGUGGUAUUCAAUACAAACUUCAAAUACAACUACAUGAAAUGCAACCCGAAGACUCACAUCUUGUUCUCCACCCAGCUAGAGUCUGGGACCAAGCAGCUCACCCAUGGUUGGACCUAGCUAACGUCAGGUUGACAUCACUUUUACCGUUAGACGUAACUGAAUCAACACGUUUUUCGUUAAAAAAUAUGCCCUCGACUUUAUCAGUGCCACCAGCUAAGACUAUCUAUGACUACAGUUCCUCGGCGCACUUGAAAUCGAAAGUUCAGUCUGGCUCAAGCAGUAAAUUGAAUCUUCGACGACCUUCAAAAACCGGCGAAGAUAUGUCCAUCUACUGCAUCUCAGUUUUCACUGGUGAUAGAAAAUAUGCUGGCACCAACGCCGAUGUAACCCUUACCAUCACUGGAAACAAAGGAAGAACAAGACCUCUACUGAUGGACAAAUUGCUUCAUGACGAUUUUGAAGCUGGAAAAGAAGAUACUUAUCUCCUCGUUGCAGAAGAUGUGGGGGAGCUGUUAAUGAUUAAACUACACAAUGACCAGAGUGGAUUGUUAAGUGACUGGUUUGUGGAGAAAAUCAUGAUAACCUGCAGUCAAGAUCCCCAAAGGCUUUACGAAUUCCCUUGCUUUCAGUGGGUACAGGAUGAAUCUGUCUUCUUCGAAGGAAAAGCGUUACUUGUCACAGAAAAGCAGCAUGAAGCAAUACAAAACCAAAGACGGAUUGAAAUUCAACAGAGACAAGAACUGUUCCAAUGGGGAGACGAUCCUGCAUAUCACAGUUUACCUGGAUGUGUCAAGUCAGAACAUUGGAAAAAACUACCUAAAGAUGUCCAAUUUACUACUGAAGCAGCCGAUGAUCUUCACAAAGCCAGGCAGAAAGCUCUAGCAAACCUUGGCUUGAUAAAAUUAUGGAAUAUCUUCGAUUCCUGGGAAGACUUUGAUGAUUACCGUAAGGCGUUCGUCGCUUUCGUUGGGGACGUUCCACCAGCCGCCGUCCAUUGGCAAAAAGACAGCUUCUAUGGAGCGCAGUUUCUGAAUGGCUGCAACCCUGAUACAAUUAAACGAUGUACAGAACUUCCCCCUAACUUCCCCGUGACUCAAGAGCUAAUCGGCAACCUUCUUGAGGAGAGUGAUACAUUGGAGAAAGCAAUGCAAGAAGGUCGUCUUUACAUGGUUGAUUUCAAGAUCCUUGAGGACAUCCAGCUUUAUGGCUGGAAUGACGAGAACUUAGAAAAGCGCUACAUGUGCGCGCCAUUUGGGUUGUUCUAUGUCAAGGGCACUGGAGACAUAACACCCAUAGCAAUUCAGUUCCACCAAGAGGCGAAUGAGACCAACCCAAUAUGGACCCCAAAUGAUUCUGAGUUGGACUGGACCUUCGCUAAGAUGUGGCUGCGUACUGCUGAUGUUCAGUGGCAUCAGAUGAUCACGCACCUUCUUCGCACUCAUCUGUUUAUGGAACCGAUCGCUGUUGCCACCUGGAGACAGCUUCCCUCUGUCCACCCUCUAUGGAAAUUGCUGAUUCCUCAUAUAAAGGGAGUUCUGGCCAUCAACACGGUUGCAAGACAAUUACUGCUUCCUGCUGGGGGCGUGGCUGAUCACACACUUAGUGUGGGAGGUGGAGGUCACAUCGAUCUCAUGAAAAAGUACUACAAAGACAUAAAUUGGUCAUCAUAUGACCUUCCAAAUGUCUUAAAGGAAAGAGGAGUAGACGAUCCAGACAAACUACCAGGGUUCCACUAUCGUGAUGAUGCCUUGCGAAUAUGGCAGGCCAUCAAUGAUUUCGUCAAAAGGAUGCUAUCGAUUUAUUACAAAUCAGAUGAGGAUAUCAAAAGGGACACAGAACUCCAAGCAUGGAUCCUUGACAUUCACGACAAUGGCUACACUGUUCGGGAGGGUGAGGCGGACCAUGGCUUCCCAUCGUCCGUCGCGAACACUGAACAGCUCGCUAACUUACUUACCAUUGUCAUAUUUACCUAUUCUUGUCAACACGCAGCCGUCAACUUUUCUAUGAUGGACGCGUACGGCUUCUCUCCCAAUGCACCUACUCUCAUGCGACAGCCUCCUCCAACGGAAAAGGGCAAACUGACCAUAAAAGACGUCAUGAAGAGCCUGCCCAACCAUCACCAUGUAGGAGUUGCUGUAGCGACCGUCUACGAUCUGACGCGCAUAUUCCCUGAUGAGCGUUUCCUUGGUGAUUACUCUGAUGGUUCCUUUACUGAUAUGUCUGCCAGAGAGGCCAUUUUGGUCUUCCAAGGAAAACUUCAUCGUAUUUCAAGGUCCAUAAAGAAGAGGAAUGAGACUUUAAAGUUUCCUUACAUUCACUUACUUCCGGAAAGAAUACCAAACAGUAUAGCUAUUUAGGCAUGAUCCUACUAGAACGCUCUCGAUUAUGUACGUCCAAGUAUGGAUUGGAGUAUGCAAUAAACAAGAUGUACUUCUACCUUGGAUAUCAUUGACUGACUGCGCGACGUGUGAACCAUUCAAGGAUGCUAUUUCUCCGAUCUCAUGUCAAGUUUUUCGUACGUGCCAUUUGGACCAUGUACAUGUAUUUUCUCGGUAGCAUGAUGGUCUCUCGCAAUGAUAAAUUAUCAACCAAGCAACCGUCGACGAUGAUCCAAGUCGAAUCAACUUGGUGAUUUAGCGCGUAAUUUAUUUACUAGAAAAUGUAAAAUCAUAGAGUAGAUGUAGCAAUGACUUUAUCAGUCCAGUCGCGCUUCGAUGUUUCGACUGCGUAUUUGAUAGUCUCCUCCUGGUCAAUCGUUUCCGCGCUACUCUGUAUAGUUGGAUCUCAACAACAUGAUUGGUGCAUUUCGAUGCUCCUUUUUAGCUGAGUUGCUUCCUCAGUGGUUAAAGAGUCCAAGACUAAUUAGUAAAGUCAGUAUCAAUUCUAAGGCAGGAUACAAUUUAGAGAAAUUAGUUUGUCUUCGGGCAGAAUUUUGCGUUGAUAUUAUAAUGCAAUAACAAAAAUAAAACGUUAAAAAAAGUUA